AUGUCCUUGAGUUGGUGUAACAGAUCGGUCUGUCUUUUUGGGCCUCCUAUGGUAGACAAUGGGAAUAGGUCGUGGGUAUUACGGAUUGCUCGGGAAGUCGAGAACUAUCAUAUUUUCUUCUUGUUGGAAUACAUACUGACCAGACUGUCAGGGAUGCACCAAAACUUUCUAGGGAUCCUAUACUAUCUAUCAGCAAUGGGGCUUAACAAAACUACAAAAGAACCAAGUCACCUGGCUUUUGUCUCUCUUCUUCUUGGAAACCGAAUGGCUUUUUGGAUGGAACAAAACAGGAUGCUAUUGAUGUGGUGCACGGACAGUGUAUUGCUUCUGUAAGUCGAGAUACGACCACACUACCUCAAAAAGGAGGCCUUCAGGCUAUAACUGUGACUCUUACUUUCAUGAUUGCAAUGUUCCGAAUUAUGAUCAAGGAAAAAUUGAUGAAGUCAGAGCUCAAUGGACGCGUCAUGUUCUUCUCAUGUGAAUAUUGUGAUGUAUUAAUUAUUUUUUUCGACUAGAAUUUCUCUAAAACGUUUUAAUUUUAUUUUAUUGGUUUGAAAUUAAAAGAAGUACUAUAUGACAAGGAUACUUCUUUCUGUUUUGUAGUGUGUUUUUAUUCUACUGUGUAUUUAGGCAUAUAUGAUUUUAAGUUAUGUACGAGACACCGAGACAUUUAUUUGAUAUGGUAGAAAUGAAGUUGGGUCUUAUAUGU